AUGACAAUAUUUUGGCUGGCCCAAAUACAGUCCGCUAUUAUCAAAUACAGGUCCCAUCAACUUGAUGCAACUGAGCUCCCAUCCUGGACCGACUUCCAGAGUGUUCUCCUCCACACACCAUCUCUGAUGAACACCAGCCUUUGGAUACAAUACUACACCAAAGAAAACAUCUUCAGCAAAGCCGCCCGAGAAUCAUGGUGUCCUCCAGACAAAAAGCCUCUCCCAGGUCUUUCCGCAUCAAAUCAGGAUCAUCCUUUUGUACGGGCAAAUGAUCCCGACCGGCUCCUUCGAUACGCCUUCUCUGUUGUCCAGGAUACUCUCAAAUCAGGUGCUCGUCGAGGUCAGGUCAUCAAGGAGGCACUCGAGUUGUUGCAGGUGACGACCAUUCGUCUUCGAGGGACAAACCCAGCUGUUCCUCCAUAUUCGGAAACUCAGGCCUAUUUUUGGAUCCAAAUUGUUCAUGCUGCUAUCCAAUCAUUCGCUGAAAAUCCUGGAAACUCGACUAGUGAAGCUUCAAUCCUCGAUGUCUCUGUGUCGCGCCUUAGCUCGGCUAGUUUCAACGUUCUUUUUGGUCUAAACUCAGAUAGCUGGAAGCAAUAUUAUUCCGACGAAGUCUGGACAAGCAUUGGUGCACGCAUGACGUUCAUUCCACCAGAUAUUAGACCAUUGCCAAGUCUCAUUGUCCCUUCAUCCCGGUCGCAAGAAAGGAGAGCUCUCUUGUAUCAGACUGCAGAGGCCCUAAGCCAUAGGGGUGACUGUAAUGGACACCAUUACAGUUAG